GGAAAACCGAGGAGGGUUUGUAGCUCAAUGGCGGGCUUGUCAAGUCUCGGCCAGCGCAAUUGGUUUGUGUGUGGAAGCAGCAGCGGUAGGAAGGAUGGGUUUGGAGGGGCAGUGGCGGGCGGCAAGAAGAGGCUUAGUUUGGGAACUGAGCUCUUCCAGCCGCUUGUAGGAGGAAGUAGAUGCUGCUUGUUCGCUGGGCAGAGCCUCUCACUCUCAUCACCGCUGCUCUCCUCUACCAAGAAACGCGGUAGCAGAGGCGUAGUCACCAUGGUGAUUCCUUUUGUCCGAGGGGACGCGUCGGCACAGCCGCCCCCCGAUCUCCCAUCCUAUCUCUUCCACAACAGGAUUGUCUUUCUGGGCAUGUCACUUGUUCCAGCAGUCACGGAGCUCAUCAUGGCAGAGUUUCUCUACUUGCAGUUCGUGGAUCCCGAGAAACCAAUCUACAUGUACAUCAACUCGACAGGCACUACCAAGGAUGGAGAGAAGUUGGGAUAUGAAACGGAGGCGCUGGCAAUGUAUGACACCAUGCAGUACGUGAAGCCGCCGAUAUUCACUCUCUGCGUUGGGAAUGCGUGGGGUGAGGCUGCGUUGCUUCUAGCCGCUGGAGCAAAAGGAAAUCGAUCUGCGCUGCCUUCGACCACCAUCAUGCUCAAAGAGCCUAUUGCACAGUUUCGGGGGCAGGCUACUGACAUCGAUAUUGCACGCAGAGAAGUUCGCAACUUGAAAAAAGACUUGGUUGAGCUUUUAGAGAGGCAUACAGGCCAACCUGCAGACAAGAUCGAGGAGGACAUCCGUCGUCCCAAGUACUUCAGCCCGGACGAGGCUGUUGAUUAUGGACUCAUUGACAAGGUACUAAGAACUGAGAAAGGAGAGAAGUCCAAAGGUGUUGUAGAUCAAUUGCGACAAGCGCAGCUUCUCAAGUGAGCAAUUUUAUACAGUUUUUGACACGGUGCAGAGACAAGUAUGUGCUAUAUCACGGCAGUUGAAAGCCCGCCAGUAAGUCUAACAAGUCAGCCUUCGCCUUUUC